GAUCUGACUAGCACUCGAGCUCAUACUGGUACUGGUACCAGUAUGAGCUCAUGCUGGGAGCAUGACUAGAGGCAGGAAUCUGAACCAACCUCUUCUCACUCAGGUCAUUUUCAUCGGAUUAUUCCAGUCUAGUCAGGUCUUGUCAUUCCACACAUGCACCUAAAGGUCAUGAGAGGAAGCAGAUGCACAACCAGCAGCGUGACUGGAGGUAAUUAAUAGUUGUUAGGAGAGGCACUGAGCUCCGACAUGCUCAUGCUGACCAAGCUGACCCUCUGCUUGAAGGGUCCUGUCCAGGAUUCUGCCUCACAUCAGUUUUCCUCUGAAGGUUUCCAGCCAGCAGAGAUCCCGUUUCCCGGCUCUGCUCCACAGCAGGGCCAGAACCGAGCAUCAGUGUCCACACGCGUUCUCUCCUGCUUUCCCCCCAGACACACUGUCAUGGCGGCGCUCAGCUGGUAGCUCUCACAGUGCACGGUUGCUUUGCUUCACUUUCUGCGCGCCCAUUGUUUGUGUAAUGAUGUAAUGAUCUGGAAACGGAACCUCUCGCUGCUCAGGCAGAGGAGUAGGAGUGGAGGGAACCACCCUAAAGAGGGAGACAUGAGUCACACAUCCCUCACUCUGUUUCUCCAUGAACUUGGACGUUUGACGUCUGGCUGUAACGUUUGUGUUGGAGAACCAUGACUGAAGCCUUUCCUAUCAUCAACCUUAGCCCUGAGCCACAGCAGCUACAUGUGUGUUUGCUGGGGUUUCCCUGGCUUCUUGCUAUUAAAGGCACCAGAGCAUGUCUUCUAUUUGGACCUACCAGUUGCUCCUUCCUGUUUAGGGCCCUGAUAUGUGACACACCAGUCCUCCCGCUGUCGCACGACCCACUUUCUAGUGGAGGAAUUCCCUCCUUCUUCCUGUGCACGCCCUCCUCGCCGGGCUGAGGGGAGCCAGCUUACCAGAUUACGUUUGGCCCACUAAUGGUGUGACAGGCAUCCGAGCAGCGCCGGGCCUCAGGGCAGCAUGUGGUGUCUGCAGUGUGCGUCUGACAGGACCCAGUCCCUGCUGGAGCUGGACUCAGGCAGCCGUGUGGAAGGUGAUGUUUCGGGCAGUGAAGUGGGCGCUUCUGUGGACCCCAGUGGCGGCUACAGUUGUGUCCCAGUGACCCACAGUGGCGGCCUGGGCCACGACCACCUGGACAGCCAGCUGUACGGGCACAUCCUACUGCCCGGCCACCCGCGACCGCGGCGGCCCAAGCUUCAGCACUCUCAGUCCAUACUCCGCAAGCAGGCAGAGGAGGAGGCCAUCAAGCGCUCCCGCUCGCUGUCAGAGAGCUAUGAGCUCUCAUCGGACCUACAGGACAAGCAGGUGGAGAUGCUAGAGCGUAAAUAUGGCGGGCGUUUCAUAACCCGGCACGCAGCUCGCACCAUCCAGACAGCCUUCCGCCAAUACCAGAUGAACAAGAACUUUGAGCGUCUCAGAAGUUCUAUGUCCGAGAACCGCAUGUCCAGACGAAUCGUCUUAUCCAAUAUGAGAAUGCAGUUUUCCUUCGAAGGGCCUGAGAAAGUCCACAGUUCCUACUUUGAGGGGAAGCAGGUCUCACUAACAGACGAUGGCACCAAAAUCGGCGCUCUGGUGCAGGCGGAGCACGGCGGGGACGUGGGCGUGCAGGCCAAGACGCCCACGGCGCAGAGCGACUUCACCGACGCCAUCACAGAACUGGAGGAUGCCUUUUCCAGGCAGGUUAAAUCUCUGGCUGAGUCCAUAGACGAUGCUCUGAACUGCCGCAGCUUGCACGGUGACGAGGGCCAGUCGGAGGCGGGGAGGGGCCACCAGGACAUGGACAGGGAGGUCAGUAUCCAGGUAAAGCCCUCCCAUGGCGCCUCAGACCACCGCAAGCUGGACGAGAUGACGGCGUCGUACAGCGACGUCACUCUGUACAUCGAUGAGGAGGAGCUGUCGCCGCCACUGCCUCUGUCUCAGUCUGUGGAGAGACCCUCCAGCACAGAAUCGGACUUGCGCCAGCGCUCCCUCAACUCGUCCCAGGACUACUGGUCGCUGGCCCAUAAGGAUGACAAGGGGGACACGGACACCAGCUGCCGCAGCACGCCGUCCUUGGAGUGCCAGGAGCAGCGGCUGCGCGUGGACCACCUGCCGCUGCUGACCAUCGAGCCCCCCAGCGACAGCUCCGUGGAGCUGAGCGACCGCUCCGACCGCAGCUCUUUGAAGAGGCAGAGCGCCUACGAGCGCAGCCUGGGCGCCCAGCAGAGCAGCCCCAAGCACAUGAGCCACGGCCUGCCCCCCCGCGGGCCCUCCCGGGACGACGAGCCCCGGCACCGCUCGCGGCAGCUGGAGGCCCACCUCGCCAUCAACGGCACCGCCCACCGGCAGAGCAAGUCCGAGUCGGACUUCUCCGACGGCGACAACGACAGCAUCAACAGCACGUCCAACUCCAACGACACCAUCAACUGCAGCUCCGAGUCGUCGUCCAGAGACAGUCUGAGGGAGCAGACGCUCAGCAAGCAGACGUACCACAAGGAGACGCGCAACAGCUGGGACUCGCCCGCCUUCAGCAACGACAUCAUCCGCAAGAGGCACUACCGCAUCGGCCUCAACCUGUUUAACAAGAAACCAGAAAAAGGCAUCCAGUAUCUGAUUGAGCGAAACUUUGUUCCGGACACUCCAGUGGGUGUGGCCCAUUUCCUGCUUCAAAGGAAGGGUUUGAGUAGGCAGAUGAUCGGCGAGUUCCUGGGGAACAGACAGAAACAGUUCAACCGAGACGUCCUCGACUGUGUGGUGGAUGAAAUGGACUUCUCAGCCAUGGAGUUGGACGAGGCGCUCAGGAAGUUCCAGGCCCACAUCAGAGUGCAGGGGGAGGCGCAGAAGGUGGAGAGGCUCAUCGAGGCCUUCAGCCAGCGCUACUGCAUCUGCAACCCCGGCGUGGUGCGACAGUUCAGGAACCCUGACACCAUCUUCAUCCUGGCGUUCGCCAUCAUCCUCCUCAACACAGACAUGUACAGUCCCAACGUGAAGCCGGAGAGGAAGAUGAAGCUGGAGGACUUCGUUAAAAACCUUCGAGGAGUGGAUGAUGGGGAGGACAUACCCCGAGAGAUGCUGGUGGGCAUUUAUGAGAGGAUUCGCAAGCGUGAGCUCAAGACUAAUGAAGACCAUGUGUCGCAGGUCCAGAAGGUGGAAAAGCUCAUUGUGGGAAAGAAGCCGAUUGGCUCCCUGCACCACGGCCUGGGCUGUGUGCUGUCGCUGCCCCAUCGAAGGCUGGUCUGUUACUGCAGGCUGUUCGAGGUCCCCGACCCCAACAAGCCUCAGAAGCUGGGCCUGCACCAAAGGGAGAUCUUCCUGUUUAACGACCUGCUCGUGGUUACUAAAAUCUUCCAGAAGAAGAAGAACUCUGUGACCUACAGCUUCCGUCAAUCCUUCUCGCUGUACGGCAUGCAAGUUCUCCUCUUCGAGAACCAGUAUUAUCCCAACGGAGUGCGUCUGACCUCGGCCAUUCCCGGAGCUGACAUCAAGGUCCUCAUUAACUUCAACGCACCCAAUCCUCAGGACCGCAAAAAGUUCACUGACGAUCUGCGGGAAUCUAUCGCUGAGGUCCAAGAGAUGGAGAAGUACAGGAUAGAAUCUGAGUUGGAAAAGCAGAAGGGGGUGGUGAGGCCCAGCGUGUCGCAGACCUCAGGGCUGAAGAAGGAGACGGGGAACGGCAACUUGACCCGAGGCAGCCUUGACGACAGCUACGCCAUCGGUGAAGGCCUGAAGAGGAGCGCCCUCAGCAGCUCCCUGCGCGACCUCUCAGAUGCAGGCAAGCGUGGGAGACGCAGCAGUGCAGGAUCACUAGACAGCAAUAUGGAAGGCUCCAUCAUUAGCAGUCCACACAUGCGGCGGAGGACUCCCUCCGGCAGAGACUGCCCGUCCCGCCACAGCGGCCAGUCUCUGCCCAACUCCUCGUCUCUGCUCGGGUCUCUGUUCGGCACCAGGCGGCUCAAGUCCCCCAGCCCCACCCCUCAGCCCCCACACCCCACCCUCAUCUCCCACACCCCCCACCCCGCCAACCUGCACCACACGGCCCGGGUGGAGCCCGACGCGCCCAUGUCCGUGCACGCGCACCACGCUCAGUUCUGCCACAUGACCCAGAACCCCCCACCGUACCACCACCCGCACCACUACCACCCGCCCGCCCACUUGCAGCACUCUCCCCACCCGUUCCACCCUCCCUCUUCUCACGGCCAGCAGCCGCCCUACCAGCCUCACGCCCACACUCAGCACAGCCACGGGGGCCACGCGGCCCACUCGUCCCACCCGGCUCACGGCCCCCACCACCACGGCCCCCCGCAGCCGCCCCCCCAGGCCACCGGCAGCACCAAGCCCAAGCACAGCGGAAUCAGCACGGUGGUGUAACACCACCCUCUGGGAUCUGACUGAACUUUGAUCUCCGUGCUGACGGGACAGUUGCACUGUGUGGUUGGUGAAGCCAACGGGAUCCUGUGCCUCCUUCUGCAGUUUCUGUCACAUUACUGGGGUUUAUUCAACAUGUGUCUUUUCUUUGUUUAAUUCAUUUGAUUUCAGCACAUAAAUAAUGUUUGUAAUGUAAGAGCAGCAGCCCACAACAUGAACGCAUGCACAAAGACCACAACUACUGUUUAAUAAAGGAACAUCAUCAAAUCUCUCACUAUUUAAAGCAGACGAUAGUAGUGACGCAUUGUAGGUAGUGAGGUUGGACAGUCAGGCCUUCAGGCCACAGACAGACGGUCAGUAUUUAAUGUAGCGGUAGCUCAGUGCACUGUGAUAAAUGUGCCAAUUAUUGCAGCAUUCACUAAUUAAGUGACAAACCUGGCUUUAUGUAUAUUGUGCAUAGUAUUUUGUAAAAUAAUAUCAACUGCUAUUAUAGUUAUUAUUAUUAUUAUAGAGUAACUGGUAUCAUCCUCAGUGGUACCUUCACCCACAGGAGGCACAAAGCUUUUAUUAGUUGGCUCACUGAGGAAGCUGGACUGUUACUGUGAGUGUUUGCCUUGGAGUCCCGACCAGCACCAGCCUGCACACAGCCGUCCCUGAACUUUACGGCCCGUCGCCUCCAUCUCCUGGGAAGAGGAGGCGAUCCAGUUGAAUGUGUGCCCUUCACAGGACUCACUGCUCGUCCGCCAUCAUUUUAUUUUUUUAACUAUUUUUGUAGAAUGCUGUGAUGAAAUACCAGAUGAGAUGCUCUAUAUUUGUCGUACUGCAAACCGGUGGGGUUCUACGAAGUCCGUUCCGCAGGAGAAGACAGACUCUCUGUUUUUAACGGGAACCGAAGGUGCAGCGCAGGGAGGCGGUGACAUGACAGUGGAAGAGGAGGCACGCUCUCAGCUGGCUGAGCUUAACCUGUGGGUCAGUGUGCAGCGCUGGCUUCUGCCUCCAUGGACACACAUCACUAAUUAUCAUGUCACUCCCCACGCUGGACACGUUUAUAUCACUCAUGUUUCAGACAUAUUAGGUGGGCUGCUCGUGCUGCAGCUCCAGCCUCUGUGUGGUGUGUGCACAGGUCUGGUUGUUGUUAAUGAUGUUAGAAGGAAUAAACACAGCACUUGUUCUUCUUAGUUGGUAUCAAAGACUAAGGCUUGUAGGUUUGUAACUUGUGCAAUAUUUUACUUUGUGCUUGCUCCAUCUGUUGCAUUUGUUUUGUUUAUUUCUCUCUGUCCUCUGUCAUUUUGUCCACAUGGAUUUGGAAGGAACGUCUGAACUGUAUAAGAAUGUCAAAGGCGAAAAUAAUAACUGCAUGUAACAAUGUAUUCUGAGGAUAUUGUGUAAAAUUCUUGCAUAUUCCCAAACAAUGUCAGUGUUGCAGUUGACACUUGUUCAGAAUGAGCAGUAGAAUAGUUUGGAGGUGAAGUCAGCAACGUAUUCAAUGGAGGUGGAAAUGGAGUGGAGACCACUGUGCUGCCCUCAGUGUUUACUGGUCUGAUUUACUGGAGCACUGGUCUGCUCCUGAACACUCAGCCUUCUGGUCCCAUGCAACCGUCCUGCUGAUCUCAUCGGUAACGGGUUUCUGGGUUGGGCCAGAUUGAAUGUGACCUGGAAGCACUAAUCCUUCAUACAUCGAUUUAAGCCAACCGUAGAGUCACUUUGACAUGGUCAAGAACUGGGAACUCUGGGAUCUACAGUUAGUUAAAGACAUCUGAUGGCAACAUGCAGCAUUUAUAUUAGAGGAUGCAACACAACUGUUAAACGCCAAACUUGCAAAGCUAUGAUCAAUCUGUGAAACCUGUCAAGAUGCACUGAACGUCGAGCUGAAUUCUCCCAACCUGGCCACUAUUAUUAUUAUUAUUAUUAUUAUUAUUAUUAUUAUUAUUAUUAUUAUUAUUAUUAUUGCCACUUUGACAGUGUUUAGUUCAGCUGCCAAUGUUGCAUAGCCAGAACACUUUCAUCACCAAAUACAAGAUUCCACCACACCCUCGACCUUUAUCCAAUCAGCAUUUAUCCAGUUAUUAGUGAAUGAUUCAAAUACUAGGAUAUUUUAAUCUAACUUUAUUCAAUCUUGAUAUUUACUCUCCGAUUCGUGUCUACAAUAAUCAAGGUGUGUUAGUCCGUUUCAUGCAGUUCUUUCAGAGGUCUUCGUAGAUUCCAUGUGCGGUGCUUGUUGGCUGCCAUCGAUGCCUAAUGUUUUCUUCUUUUCCUGUCUCUGUCUCUGUCAUUUCAUUGAGCGUCAGGCCGGCAACAUUCAGUGCAGUCUGGAUUUCUCUGGUUGGCGCUUGUUUACAUUCAGAAGAUUUCUGGCCUGCUGGUGUGUCAUCCUACUCUGGUUCCAUGUCACCUUCCAGUGUACAGUACAAUGUGUAAAUAGCAGAUCCUUCUGGGCAAAUGUUGCUUGAUGAAUCACAGAGGGUUAGAAAGGAAAGAAUCUAAUGUGUGGGAGUGAAGAAGAGUAAGAAAACAUGUAAAUAGUCUUUAAAUGAUAUUACUACUAUUAUUCAAUGUCUGCAAUUACAUUGAAGGUGCAUUCCUGCUCCCCUCUGACAUUUACAUAAUCAUCAGACUGCUUCUCUGCCUCCAACAGGACUGAAUUAUCAUAGGAUCUAGAGAUGAACAGUUAACAUGGCUUCCUGUUCGCUCCUGUUUUCUCACACUCAAAGCCUGAAGUCACCGGGAAGGAGGAGUGCUCUUAUUUUGUUAUGCAUUCUGUUUCUAAGUAGACAAACCUAAUUGAUGUAAAACUAGUACUGUGACCAUGUUGAGAACACAAAAUAAAUAAUAUACUUUAAAA